UUUUUUGGUGCAAGUUUCGUGUUGUCGUCAAGUCGCGCGGGUGUAGCAGACUCCGCAGACAAGAUCGGCUGUCUGAUCGCGUACGCGUGUGUGCAAGACACCUCAAGGUAGUGUUCAGACGUCUGACACAAAGACUUGUGCGGUAGAGUCAGACGGCGCGGGAUUCCUGUUUUAUUCGGUUGUUCGCUUCGGAUUGUCGUUAAUUUAUGGUAACAGGAGCGAUCGAGUCCGACCUCUUCAAGGCCUUUUCGGCGGGAUCGCGUGGAGUUUCUCCGCACCCCUUGAAAGAGACCCCCUUAUUAUGUAAAUCAACCCCCAAUUUCGAGCGGUGUUUUCCCUUUUUUGCGCUAUCUCCGAGUCCGAUUUAGUCAGCGAGCGUGAAAAGAUCGAUUCAGUGUUACGCGAACUGUGCGCGUGAACGAAACGAAAAAUCGAUGAGCAAAUUUUGCAAGAAGCAGCAGCAGAUAUUGCGGAGUCAACGGCAUUCCGAACAAAAUGGGCUGCAAUAGACGCUGGUCGUGAUUAAGAAUUGGAAGAGGAAUUACACGAUGAAGACCGCAAAGUGACAACAUUGAUUUUGAGAAGAGUUUUUUUUUUGUUUUUUGGGAGAGUGAAAGAGAGUGAGUGAGAAGAUAACGAAGAAACGAAACGAAAAUGCGUAUCAAACAUCAUCCGGGCAGGGCGAUCGAGGCGAGCCUCUCGCUGGAGCAGAACAGUGCGAUGGGGGCGCUGUACGAGGCCAACUGGGACAAGGUGCAGUCGAGUAUGAACUCGUUGAUCGAGAGUCACCACGUGCUUCCGGGGACCCGGGAGGACACGGGCAAGUUGACGCCGUUCCGGGAGCUGGACGAGGACGACGAGGGUCUGCCCGACGAGGAUGAGGAUGAUGCGCAAGCGCUGAAGCGUAGCAGCACUGUACUGAAGGCCUUGAAUGGCUACCGACCGUCCACGAUACGCCGCAUCCGGAACCGCCAGUUUCCGGAGUGGGACGAGCUGAAGGAACCCAGCUACUCGGAGGAGAAUUUGGACACGAUACGACCUCACAGCUCCCGGAAACCGUUCGCCAACACGCACAGGCCACUGCCUCCUAUAGCAGUGCCAGGUCACAAUGGUUACCGGCUGCAGCAUCAGCUACCACAGCAUUCGCCAGCAUCCAAAGAGUACCGCAUGUACGCCAACAUCGCCUCGUCGGAGAGCUUCCGUGGACCGUCGCCGGGUGCCCCCAAAGGGGUCGCCCUCAAGCGAUCCAACACGGUAGCGGUCCAGCCGGGCGGGUCCACCGACAUGUACCGCCCCAGGACGCUGGACCGUCGGGACGUCUUUCAGCGCUUGAAAGAGAAAGUCCGCCAACAGAAGCCGAUCGACGAGUUCUCCGAUCACCAACGAAGCUACGGAUUUCCUGCCAACGCCGCACCAACCAAAACCAACUCUAGAUAUAAACCUAGCGGCGCCCCCUACUGUGAUAGUAAAAAUUCUAAGUCUCUCGAGUCGAUCUCGACCUUUCCGGACUUUCGGCGCGGCAGUGACGACAGCGAAAGCAAUCUCUCGAUCGGCGAUCGCAUGACCGGCUACCGCUCCUCCAGCGAUCUCUGCUCGCAAAUCUACCGCGAGGACGACAAGUCCUUCCGGAAUAUCCCGAAAGCGACCGCCACCCUGUCCCGCAACAAGAGCGUCAAGGGACGUCCCAUCCUGGACGACAUCCCGGCGGACCUACUCCCACGAUCCACCGACUCGGACCGUUCCAAAAAGAACAAAAAGGUCGGCUUCGGCAAGAUGCUGUACAACACCAUCUCCGCCGGAACCAAGUUCCCCCGCGCCCUCCUUAAAAACCACUUCAACAAGGACUCCUCCGAAACGUCCGAAUACGACAGCUUCAGCUACCGCGACUCGGAACCUCCCUCCCCCUACCAAUCCCAAUCUUCCCCCUCAUCCUCCAAAUCCAACUCCUCAGCUUCCUCCUCCUCCUCCUUCAAGAAGCUGUUCCGAAGUCGCUCCCGCUCGAACCGUCGCCAGCAGGGUAGCUCUUCGAGCUCGGAUUCCGCCGAUUCGUUCCUCGUUCCGACACCCGAGGAACGUCCCGUUCCGCCACCACUUCCGGCGCCACGAAUCCCAACUAGCAGUAGUAGCGUUGCGGCUGCUGCUGCCGCCGUUGUUCACCAGAACAUCGUUCCGGGCGUGCAUACGUACGCCCGGAAGCGACGUACGGGCAACCUGAACGCCGAACCGAUUUAUGGAAAUCUUGAAGAGGUGUACGACAACGAGAAUGAAGAGGGCCGCGUCGAGGUGUCCCGCGAGGGCAAGUACCUGUCGACGCUGUCCGGGGCCAAGGUGCUCGGCGAGCUGGCCAUCCUGUACCACUGCCAGCGGACGGCGACCAUCACCGCGGCCACCGACUGCAAGCUGUGGGCCGUCGAGCGGCAAUGCUUCCAGACGAUCAUGAUGCGCACCGGGCUGAUCCGCCAGGCCGAGUACUCCGACUUCCUCAAGAGCGUUCCCAUCUUCAAGAACCUGCCGGAGGACACGCUGUGCAAGAUUUCCGACGUCCUGGAGGAGUGCUACUACCAGAAGGGCGACUACAUCAUCCGGCAGGGCGCCCGCGGCGACACGUUCUUCAUCAUCUCGAAGGGGCAGGUGCGCGUCACCAUCCGCCAGGACACCACCCACGAGGAAAAGUUCAUCCGAACUCUGGGCAAGGGCGACUUUUUCGGCGAGAAGGCACUGCAAGGGGAUGAUCUUCGAACGGCCAACAUCAUCUGUGACUCGCCGGAGGGCGUGACCUGUCUGGUCAUCGAUCGGGACACGUUCAACCAGCUGAUCUCGAACCUGGACGAGAUCAAGAACCGCUACAAUGAUGACGCCGUCAGCGAGAGAAAGAAGAUCUACGAGGAGUUCCGCGACGUACGACUGUCCGACCUGCGCGUGAUCGCCACCCUCGGCGUGGGCGGUUUCGGCCGUGUCGAGUUGGUUCAGCUGGCCCAAGAAAAAGCGCGAUCGUUCGCGCUGAAGCAGAUGAAAAAGUCUCAGAUCGUGGAAACCCGCCAGCAGCAGCACAUCAUGUCCGAGAAGGAGAUCAUGAGCGAGGCCAACAGCGACUUCAUCGUGAAGCUGUUCAAGACGUUCAAGGAUCGCAAGUAUCUGUACAUGCUGAUGGAGAGCUGCCUGGGUGGCGAGCUGUGGACGAUCCUGCGCGAUCGGGGCCACUUUGACGACGGGACGACGCGCUUCUACACGGCGUGCGUGGUCGAGGCGUUCGACUAUCUGCACUCGCGCAACAUCAUCUACCGCGAUCUGAAGCCGGAGAACCUGCUGCUGGACGUGUCCGGCUACGUCAAGCUGGUGGACUUUGGCUUCGCCAAGAAGCUGCAGUCUGGGCGAAAAACCUGGACCUUCUGCGGCACGCCCGAGUACGUCGCACCGGAAGUGAUUCUCAACCGAGGCCAUGACAUCAGCGCCGACUACUGGUCGCUGGGAGUGCUGAUGUUUGAGCUGCUCACAGGCACCCCUCCGUUCACCGGCGCCGACCCGAUGCGCACGUACAACAUCAUCCUGAAGGGCAUCGACGCGAUCGAGUUCCCGCGCAACAUCACCCGGAACGCGAGCGCCCUCAUCAAGAAGCUGUGCCGGGACAACCCGACGGAGCGGCUCGGCUACCAGCGGGGCGGCAUCAGCGAAAUUCAGAAGCACAAGUGGUUCGACGGGUUCUACUGGGAGGGCCUCCGGAACCGUACCCUUCCGCCGCCGAUCCUGCCCAAGGUGCAGAGCGUCGUCGACACGGCCAACUUUGACGACUACCCGGCCGAUCCGGACGGUCCACCGCCGGACGAUCUGUCCGGGUGGGACGAGGAGUUUUAGGAUAAUUGCACACACACGCAGAACCAUGCAGGCAGCAACGGCGGAUUUCCUCCCGAAAAAAAAGGAGUUUCUUCAUAAAGUUUCAUUUUAAGGACAAGUUGGAAGGGGUCAGGGCUGGCCUGCCUUGUCCUAACCCUUUGCAACGCUAGAUUUUAGCCUGUGAAUGUUCCGUGGGCAACGUUUAUUCGAAUAUUUUAAAAAGCGUCGCGCUAAAUAACUAGAAACAGCAAAAAUCGCCACUAAUGCAAAAGGGAGAAAGAUGAGAGAAAAGGGUGUCCCUCCCUCCCGCUUGGAGGGUCCAGCAAAUGAGGGGGGAGGGGUCGAGUGAGACAGCUGCGUGAGAGAUCAGAAUGUCUUCCUAAUCGUAUAGAGAGAAAGAAAAGUUUUUAAACCAUUUUAUUAAGCUACACUAUUUAUCCUCCUACAUAGAAGCAAAAGAAGAAGAAAGAAUCAGUGAAACCCACACACUUGUAUCCGUGCUAUAUUUUAAUCUGUUGUUUUUUUGUCUACCACUUAGCGAGAAGAAGAAGAAGAGAAUUGUAAUUUCACUAAACCCAACCAAUCUUAAAACAAGGAAAAAACAUUAACAAUGGCGCUAAAAAGGAAAACACACAAGUUUAAAAACUAAUCGCCAAUCUUGCUUCCGUGCUUCUCUCGAUUCACCGUUUUAUUGUUUCUUGCCCAAUGUAAAAAAAAACAGAAAGAAAGAACAAAUCCACUUUUUUGUUAUAAUUGUGUAAUUUGACCCGUUUUUGUAAAAAUGUAUAUAAUUAGAGACGCAUAACAGUGAAGGAAAAGGAAAAUUCAUGAAAGAAAAAAACUUGGAUGAAAAUCAAAGAAGGUGCGUGUGCGCGCGAGGACAAGCGAGUAAAAUCCAUUAACUAUUUUUAGCUGAUUGUGAAUCAGAAAGAAAUGAAGGUAACAAGAAUAAAACGUAAACACAUUCUCAAGCGAAA